AUGGCCGACGUUGUGUCCGAGAGCGAUAACGGGCUCGUCGUCACGACGGCUGAGGGUUGUCGAGCGCUGCCGGUAACGCAGACUGGUAGCGAGGAUAGUACGACCGCUACCGACAACGGGGUUGUUGACGACAAAGUCAGUAUUCACGAGAUCCUCGAGGGCAUGACAAACGAAUUCAACAAGAGCGUGAGUCCGGCGAAGCAUAACGAUAAUGAUAAAACCGGAACAGAAGAGGUAGUAACGCCACUGUCACCAUCGCCGUCGAAAAUCGUUGACGAAGUGUCCAAGGCAGAGAAGGAAUGCGAUGGUACACUUGACAAAGAGGCUGUCGCAAGCUCUGAAGAUGUAGCGGUCCUUCAAAUCACACCAGAGGAGAAUCAUAAAGGUGAAGAUGAAAGUUUGACAGCGACAAACAAACAGGAGACUAUUAAGAAGGACAAUGGUAUACCUAGGAUUGUCUUGACAUUCAGGACUAUCGAUGAGAAUACAGAUCAUGGCAAGAAGACCAAAAUAUCCAGCUGCUCAUCCAAUCUCACUCUGGUUCCAGAUGAAUUGGCUAAUUGCGAUCAGAUUGGCGGUGUUUCUGUAAAGAUAGAGAAUUCCGAUGAGAAUUCUGAUAUAGUGGAGGAAUCCCAAACAGAGGAAUCCCAAGCAGAGGAGUCCCUGAUAGAGAAGACAAAAAAGGAAGAAUCUAUGAAGAUUGUAGAGCCAAAAACUGUAGAGGAAGAUAAAGCGAAAGAUGCAGAAGAGAAACACAACAAUGACACGCAGCCUUCUAUUCAAAAAAAGCCUGAAACUGUGGAGAAUAAUGUUGAGAUCAAUAAUGUUGAGGCAAAGAUUGUAGAAGAUACUGAGCAACAAGAAACUACUGCACCAGUUACCAGGAAGAGAAGAAUUGGACGACCUAGAUUACGAGCACUUAGUGAUUCAGUCCCUCAGGAUGAGGAACCACCAGGUCCUAAGCGUUCGGCUAGGAGACUUUGUAAGGAAUCUCUGAAAAGCACUGUAUUAGAAAGCGCUAUGGCACGGAAAGAGAAGUCCAAUUACACAGAGGAACACUUGCAGUUUAAAAAAAGAAAGUACAGCAAACCAGGUCGGCCCAAGAAGCUAGUUUUAGGAAAGGAUCAGAUAAAACAGACACAAAUAAAACCCUCUGAUGUUCGUCAAGAAGCAGAGACGUCGUUAUUGUCUGACGGUAAUAUUAGUACGUCUGAGAACUCGAUGCUAGAGUCCUCAUGCAAUACUAUACUAUCGGAGAAUAUGAACGAUAGCGUCGUGGAGGACACGCAGUCAUUCUCAUCCGACUUCGACGGAAUGCCGAAAUUGUCGCCAAUGACGAGAAGCUCGGAAUCACAAAUCAAACUCGGCAAUUCUAUCGGCAGUCCCGGCAGCGACGAUGUACCUUUGGCGGAUAUUCAGAAGCCUUUUUUGAAACCAGCAACUGCUAGUCGACCCAAGAGAGAGAGAGGACGUCCCCGCGGAAGCACUCAAGCCGCACGAAAAAUAGCGAAAGCGGAUUCAUAUGAAGAUGGUUCUCCAUCCGUUGCGGAAGCGGGAAAGAAUAACGAUUAUCCCGAAGAGAUCCCGGCCAAACGAACUCGCCGGAGUUGGCUACCGAGCCCGAGUCCUGCGGAAGGACAGGCGUCGAAGCCGGAAUCUACAGCGAUUAUGAGUGAGACAUAUGCGCAAUCUAUGCUAUGCCUAUGCCAAGUACGAUCUCAGUUAUACGUGACGAUAACCGGUUCUGGGGCACCGCUGUACUGCACCGCCAUAGACUCGAUCGAUAAUCGGAUAGUGGGGUGCUGCAAUGAAGUGGACAGCAAUGAUGUGGCGAUGCGGCGGCCAAGUACCCGUGUACCUUUUAUUAUUCUCUGUCGUAUGCACAAGGAACGGCUGCUGCGCCAUAACUGCUGUCCUUCUUGCGGCCUGUUCUGUUCGCAAGGCAGAUUUGUGCAGUGCACCAAUGGCCACCAGUAUCACCGCGAUUGCGAGAUCUAUCCAAACAAAAAGGGCGUGUGUCCACACUGCGGAAGCGAAACUGCCGCUUAUGAUGUGCUGGUGACAAUGAAUGGCAUGCGACGGCCGGUAUAUAUACCUACGCGUAAGAAGUUUUCUAAAUUGCCCUCUGCAAAAAUGAGCUUGCCUGGCAAAGGUGACAAUACAAAGUUAGCCGAACGUCCGCCUAGCCCGUUAAUUAAGCCUGAUAUCAUAAAAAUACCCGAACCGUCGAUUAAUACUGAGAGACCAGAGCGUUACACCAUUAUGAGUCUUUACACGUCCGUGAAAAAUGGAGAUCUGGAAAAAUUGGUGAAUGUAUUAGCAUGUGGUUACAAUGCAAAUCACACAUUCCGGGAUUAUGCCUAUCGGACUGGUUUGCACAUAGCGGCGGAUAAAGGCCAUCUGUCGUGUGUACACGUUCUGGUUCAAGCGGGUGCUCAAGUAGAUAUAAUGGAUAGGAAUCAAUUGACGCCAUUGAUGUUAGCCGCAAGUAAGGGUAAUGCCGCCGUAGUAAAAUAUCUAGUUAGGACUGGCGCCGAUGUAACAUUGAAGGGCGAGGAUGGCAUGACCGCUUUGCAUAUGGCGGCCAAGUCCGGCCAUCUAGAAGUAUGCAAGAUCAUUCUGACCGAAUGUAAAGUGCCGAGAACGUUAGUAGAUUCUGUUGACGAUGGCGGCUGGACAAGUUUAAUUUGGGCAUGCGAAUUUUGUCAUGCGGAUGUCGCGCGGUAUUUAUUGGAUAAAAAGUGCGAUCCACUUAUUCGAGAUGCCGAACAGAAUAUAGCGUUACAUUGGAGCGCGUAUAGUGGCAGUCCCGAGAUUACAGAAAUGCUUCUUAAUGAGGGAUGUGACGUAAAUGCUGUCAACGUUCACGGUGAUACUCCCUUACAUAUAGCAGCUAGACAGGAUCAAUAUGCAGUCAGUGUUCUACUAUUAGCACGUGGUGCUAAAAUAGGUGAGGUGAAUGCUGCUGGUGAGACUGCUGUGAAUUGUUGUACCACGGAUGGCGAUACUAUGGCUGCUUUAAGAUUGAACGCAAAAGUCAAUGAACUUUCUGAACAUAUGUGGGAAAAAACGGUUAAAAUAUUGACAAAUGACAUUUCACGCGGAAAGGAAACAAAUCCUAUACAAUGCGUUAAUGGAUAUGAUUCUGAAGAUAAACCAACAGAUUUUCUUUAUGUAACGGAAAAUUGUUUCACUAGUAAUAUUAACAUAGAUCGUACGAUAACAUCAUUACAGUCUUGUCGCUGUGAGGACAAUUGCAGCUCCGAAAAGUGCUUGUGUGGAAAUAUAAGUCUGCGAUGUUGGUACAAUGAGGAAGGGAAGCUCAUACCUGAGUUCAAUUAUGCAGAUCCACCAAUGUUGUUCGAGUGUAACCCAGCUUGUGACUGUAACCGCAUUACAUGUAACAAUCGAGUAAUCCAGCAUGGAUUAACACAAAGGUUCCAAUUGUUCCGUACAAAGAGCAAGGGUUGGGGACUCCGAACUCUCCGACACAUUCCUAAGGGUACUUACGUCUGCGAAUAUGUUGGCGAAAUAAUCUCCGAUUCCGAAGCUGAUCAUCGCGAAGAUGAUUCCUACUUGUUUGAUUUGGAUAAUAGAGACGGAGAAACGUAUUGUAUAGAUGCGAGACGUUAUGGAAAUAUUGCUCGGUUCAUCAAUCAUUCAUGCGCGCCGAACUUAUUACCGGUACGAGUAUUCGUCGAACAUCAGGAUUUGCACUUCCCGAGGAUAGCAUUCUUUGCCAACCGUGACAUUGAAGCGGAUGAAGAGCUCGGCUUCGAUUACGGCGAGAAAUUCUGGAUAAUAAAGUGCAAGUCUUUCACGUGUACCUGUGGAGCCGAAAACUGUCGUUAUUCCGAGAAAACUAUACAAGUUACGCUGGAUAACUAUCGAAGAAGGAUACAGCAGGAGGAAAUUUUGGCAGCUCAAGCAUCAUCGUAACCAUAAUGCGAUUUAGUUUAAUUUUUUAGGUAUCCGCGAUAUUUUAUGAACACGACGACAACGAUAACACGUUGUAGAAUCGUUAAUUUUCCGCAUUUCAGGCGCGGAAUUGUAAGAGUACAAAUGAAAAACGGUGGUGGGAUGAUAAGCGUUUGAUUAGGUUCUUUUCCGAUGUUUACUUAUACUGAAUUAUGUAUUCGACUUUGCAGUCAAAAUUUUGAAAGAAUCGCAUUCGAGAUCGUGUUACUAUUUCUGCCGAAAGUUUGUGUGCUCAUAAAUGAUAUUGACGGCCGGUCUAUCAAAUGGUUUUAUUAUAUCUUUUGUUUCUUUGAGUAUUAACAAAUUUUAAGAAUAUAUAGUUUUAGGAAAAGCAUUCGAAUUAUACAGUUGCAAUUUGUGAAAAUAUAUAAGUACUAAAAAGAAUAAUAAUAGCCAAGAGAUAUAAAAACAUGUAUGAUAAAUAUUUAUAUGAUGCUUGUAAAGGAUUAUAUUUUUAAAAGUCAAAAUACGUUUUAAAUCUUCUUUGGCAGACCGGUAAUUAAUAACAAUAUUUAUGAAUCGCUUUUGAUUUGACUUGAAAGACUUAUAUUGGAUAUAAUAAUUAUCAUACUUUCGACAAAAUAUUUUUCUUAAAUUUUCUGCUGUUGUUUCGAGUCAAAUCUAAAAAGAAUUCUAUCAUUAUUCGUCCAUAUUUUUUCUCAGGCUCGCUUGUACUUGUUUUCUAUUUCUGCCGAUCUUUCUAAGAAUGCAAUGACUACAAAAAAAUGUCACGUCAAUAUUUUUUUUUUUUAUGAGAUAACGAUACGCAUAAUAUAUAUAUAUA